UUGCACGUGCAGACAAUGGAAUUGCUCGCACGUGCACGGUCGCUGCCGAAACUCCAUCGUCUUCUUAAAUCACCAUUCGCCGCCCCUCUUCUUUCAUUCAAUCCCCCUUACUCCCCAUUUCCGAUCGAUAUUCUCUGCUCGCCGAUCGCCAUCAAUGUCUUCCACAAUCGACGAGAUCGACUUAGAGUUCUUCCCCUUCAUCCGCCUGUACAAAAGCGGCAGAAUCGAGCGCCUCACCGUUCUCCCCACUCUCCCCCCUUCCCCAAGCGAUCCCAUCACCGGCGUCGCCUCCAAAGACGUCGUAAUCGAUCCCGCCGCUCCCGUCUCCGCUCGGCUGUACCUUCCCCAACUUCCAUCGCCGCCGUCUUCAAAGGUUCCUCUCCUCGUCUACUUCCAUGGCGGCGCUUUCUGCAUCGAAUCGGCCUUCUCCCCCACUUACCAUCCCUACCUCAAUUCCUUAUGCGGUCGAGCAGGGGUUCUUAUUGUUUCCGUCGAGUACCGGCUGGCUCCCGAGCACCCGCUCCCUGCUGCCUAUGAUGACUCCUGGGCGGCGCUGCGGUGGGCGGUGGGUGGGUCUGACCCAUGGAUCGCGGCUCACGCGGAUCUGAACAGAGUGUUUCUCGCAGGGGACAGCGCAGGGGCGAACAUCGCCCACAGAAUGGCGGUGCGGGCGGGUGCGGAGGGAGGGGUGCGUGUCGAAGGUACGGCGGCCAUCCACCCAUAUUUUUCGACGGGGGAGGAGGAGAAGGGGACGUUGGGGGAUAAGCUGUGGCGUUUGGUGUGCCCAGGGGCGAUCGGAGGGACGGGAGACCCGAGGCUGAAUCCGGCGGCUGAGAGUGAAGGAGCGCUGAAGGGGAUGGCCGGGCGGAGGGCGGUGGUGUUUCUUGCGGAGAAAGAUUUUCUGAGGGAGAAGGGGAAGGCUUAUUUUGAGGUGCUGAGGGGAAGCGGGUGGGAAGGGUUGGUUGAAUUGGUGGAGACGGAGGGAGAGGGCCACGUGUUCCAUCUCAGCAAGCCGGAGAGCUACAGAGCUGGGGAGUUAAUGGAAAAGCUUGUUUCUUUUCUCAACGGCGCGUCCCAUUGAAUUUAAAAUCUUCAUUUCAAUCGCCUAAAAGUUUGAAGUUUUGGAUAAUUGAGGGGUUGAAAUUUAAAAUUUUAAGUUUGGAUUGAUAUGUAAAAAUCCUUUGAAUGGUUGAUCUCUACUUGCUUGCAUUGAAUCAUGAUUCGGUUUAUUUUAA